AUGGCACCUUCAGAGCAGUCUUGGGUUCCCCCCAGUCGUCCCGUAGGGAUUCCAACCACGAGUCCAGACGUACCUCCAGCUACUUCCACCCCAGCACGGCGCUAUGGCAAGAUCCAAAAUGAAGGAGCUAUACGCCAACGAUGGAUCGAAGACUCCACAGACCCUACAUGCCAAAUCCAGCCCAGCACCCUGACAGUAGACGACCUUCUAACUUCACACUGGUACGUUCGUACCAGCCAUAAUAACAUCCCAUUCCAGGUUGCGGAGAAUACAUUCGCACUGGGAUAUACCAAUGGUGCGGUAUACAACCAGACACUAACGCAGAAUUAUGCAGGGGGUGAGCUCGGGCUUGCUGGCUGCGAAAACAUAUAUGACAUCCUAGUUGGAAAGGGAUUGAUCAUCGCCGAGGGGAUAUUCAGAAGUGACGGGCCACAGUUUUCGCAGAUUGCUCGAGCUCAUAUGCAGGAGGUUGCUGAGCCCCAGAGUCUGCGACACUUCUAUGUUUGUGAUAUCGUCAAUAUCGAGACUAAGAAUUUCGUGGAGAAAGUUCUUUAUUCCUCGCGAAAUGAUCUCACCUGGCCUCCGGUUUGUGCGGCACCGCUGAUCUGGGAGUAUAAUACCUCCGAGUACCAAGGUCUUCUAGGUACGCGUGUUGGGAAGUGCGCGGUGUAUCUGGUUCUGGAGAUCUUUCCUAGAGGCUCUACUGAUUGA